AUGAGUCAAGCGCAAAAUGCAACAGGUUAUGGACCCAGAAGAGAUAUUUCUGGGAGAUAUGGGAGACUUUUGUUCGAUGGAGAUGAGAGAAAGUACAACCAAUGGGAAAUUAAAUUCCUUGGCUACAUGCGAUUGCAAAAGUUGAGAGAUACAAUUGUGGCAUCCGACGAAGAUAAG